AUGCAGCGUGUAGGCGAACCGUUCCAGGAUUUCCUCAUUGCCUUACGGGUGAUGAUGCAGAGGGCCGGACUGACGGAUGCCGAACAAUUGGAGCGGGCAUACGACAACAUGUUGCCCACCGGUCACUUACGAGGAGCUACGAGAAUUGGAAGGACAAAGAGAGUCGUCUGGGAACCGCCAGCCCGCAACUAUCGCGUCACAUGGACACGUGAAUCCUUUCCGGAGCAUCCCGAAUCACACUGCCACGACUCCAGAGAACAGCGCGAUAAAUCAAUCAGUGACACACGGAGACGGAGUACCAAUAGACGUACGAAGAGCGUGUCGUCGAUGCGGGGAAAUAGGACAUUUUCAACAGGAAUGCCACAGAGCCCAAGUAUUCUUCUGUUGGGACUGUGGUCGGAGAGGAAUCAUGACCCGGGACUGCUGCAGAAGGGCCCCACCGGGAAACGAAUCCCGUCUCCGUCCAUCAAGGGAUGUGGCGGAGACGAGCCAGCCCGAUCCCCAAAACCGGAAGAAUUAAUACAAAUACAAAAGGGUCGAAUUGUCGCGACGGUGGUGGUCAACGGACACCAGCUGAAUGGCACCAUCGACACAGGGGCCACAAGGAGCUUCGUCGGGGCGGAUACGGCAAAGAGCCGACAUAAGGCUGGGAACUCGGAGAUUCACGAUCCCGAUACUCGUCUUGCCGACGUCAGUGGACGAGGUAUGGACUAUAUGGCAGCCAUGCAGACCACUAUCCAGUGCGGGGAACAUCGCGCGAUCAUUAGAGAGGAGGUUCAGACGACGACACCGGCGAUCCACCGGGGAGUCUCCCUUCGGCCCACGUCGACGGGAAAUCAACAUGACGGCACUCUGACAACCUCAGUCACCCAGACAGGACAGAACGAGGAACCCGAGAACGAUGGCCAGGCAGCAGGUACCCCGAUGGCGAGGAAAAGGGAAGAACACCAACCGAUUCCGGAGAACCUACCCACAGGCCAGGACUUAGAGAACCCAGUCAUGGAUAACCCAGACGUGGUAGCGUUUUUGACGGAAGAGCUCGACCGGUUCUAUGACCUCAAAGGGACCACCAACAUUGCGGAGCAUAAAAUAACUAUGAAAGAUGACCGACCCAUCAAACAACGUUAUUAUCCGAAGAAUCCAGCCAUGCAAAAGAUCAUCAACGAGCAAAUAGAUGAGGACUGUAUCGAACCUUCACGAAGUCCCCACAGUGCGCGGAUAGUAUCAGUACGGAAGAAGAACAACAAAUGGCGCAUGUGCGUGGACUAUCGGCAGCUAAACGAGCGAUCCAUUCCCGAUGCGUACCCACUCCCAAGAAUGACGCACAUCCUGGAAAAACUACGGCACGCUAAGUAUAUAUCGACGCUGGAUCUAAAAAAUGACUAUUGGCAAAUCCCGAUGGCCAAGGAGAGUCGGGAGCGUACGGCGUUUACGGUACCGGGACGAGGACUUUUCCACUGGAAAGUAAUGACGUUCGGGUUGCAUUCCGCGCCAGCCAUCUUCCAACGCGCUUUGGACACUCUGGACCAAGUGAUCGGCCCAGAAAUGAUGCCCCAUGCCUUUGCCUACCUGGACGACAUCAUCGUCAUCGGCCGGACGCGACAGGAGCAUAUGAACAACCUACGAGAGGUGUUCCGGCGACUGCGGGCAGCCAACUUGAGGAUCAACAUCGACAAGUGCGAUUUCUUCAAGAAAGAGCUAAAGUAUCUGGGUCACAAGGUCACGGAGGAUGGCAUUUGCACGGAUCCAGAGAUAGUGGCCGCUAUCGCCGAGCUGAAGCCACCCACAAACGUAAAAGAGUUACGGCAAUACGUGGGCGUGGCUUCAUGGUACCGCCGCUUUGUGCCAGAUUUUGCUGCCACAGUGCAUCCGCUAAAUGCACUGCUCAAAAAGGGCACGAAGUGGGAGUGGACGGAGGAGCGGCAAAGAGCGUUCGAGACGCUCAGGCCAUACCUGGAAGGCUACAAAUUUGUAGUGGUCACUGACCAUAUGGCUCUGAAGUGGCUCAAUUCAAUCGAGAGCCCAACGGGAAGGAUUGCCAGAUGGGCACUGGAGCUGCAGCAGUAUGACUUCGAGAUCCGCUACAGGAAGGGCAAGCAGAAUGUGGUAGCAGAUGCGCUCUCACGGCAGCCUCUGGGAGAGGAGGCGUGUCGAUUGGUCAAGAGCAAGGAGACGCCAGCUGGGACAGGAUGUCGCUGA